AGUCCAGUCAGCUGAUAGUGACAAGAGGCCCAGGAGGGAGUGUAGAGUAGCACGUGAAAUCCCACCACUGCCUUCAUUACACAUGUGGCAGACACUCGCUCGCUGGCCCACACUUCAGCCUUCACUCAGCUCUGUCAGCGGUGCACGUGAAGGAUUCUGCUGACGUCCAGGGAAGGUCAGCCAGUCAGUAUGAGAGGAGGAGUGGUGGUGGUGAUACUGGCGGCGAUGGUGGUGGUGGCGUUUGGCCUUCCUCCCAGAAAUCUCACAGAUCCUGAAGUGAACCCUGGGUGUGAGGAGUGUGAGGAGCCAUGGCUGAUAGUGACGACUGGAGAGGGCACCAAUGACACGCUGCAUCACUUGUGGGGGGCAAAGGAGGCUCUCAGCUUCCUUGUGGUGACUGGGACAGGAGGACCUAACAUCUCCGUGGACUGGGACGCACUCCACAAUGGAACUAAUAGAUCUAUCACUUUCCAAAGCCAGCCUUCAAGUGUUUUUGGAUUUGUGAUUCCCAAUCUGAUCCUGUACAACGAUCCCAAAGAUGAUGGAGCAUUCAAGGGUCAGAAUGAGUCAUUACGAGUGCCAGUGUCAGACUUCACCUGGAGUGCAGAGGUGCUGCCAAACUCUUCACACCAUGUGGCUGUGAAGCUCCAAACUACUCACUUCCAGGACACUCCACUCCCCAAUGAAACCAGGAUACUGAUGCAGGUGUCAGCCUACGGGGAAGACGGGCGGAGCAGUGUGCUGCCUCACCUUCUGUACACUCCAAACUCAGCACAACUUGACCUUGUCCUGGAUCAUCUCAUGCUUAACCUCACAGAAGAGGCAAACAGCUGGAAGAAGACCCGCUGGGGCAUGGAUGUGGUGGUGUUCAGCUCAGAGAACAAGGUGGAAGGAGAGGAUGGAGACCAAGGCCUAAAGUUUCACACUCAGAAGUCUUUGGACGAUGAACACACCCCGGGAGUUUUCAAUCUUGACCAGCUGACUAAUGCCGGGGCUUGGGCCGAAGGUGAAGGUGGUGGUUACCUGCAGUGGCGGCCAGUCAGUUACCUCAGCUCAGACAGGGACAUCGCUAAAGCCACUGUCCCCAAUCUCAACACCUCCCUUCCUGCACUGGUCAACUUGACGGAGCCUCUCAGGAAGUCAUUGGCCUAUGCCGUGAUGGGUGACAACCUAACUUUGUCUGGUGUGGCAGUCACCUCAGUCAUCAGCUUUGGCCAGUACAAGGAUGGCUUCUAUGCAGCAGAGAAGUAUACUACCUGGACAGUGGCAAUAGGUGAGGGAGUGCCCCCCAAGGAGACGUUCUCAACCCUGGUGGUGGUGGUGAUCAGUCUUGGUGUGGUGCUCCCAGCUGCCAUGUUCCUGGUUGGAUGUGUGGUGUUGGCUGUACGCCGGUGGCGUCAUCAUGGCUCAUCAGCCUCCAUCCUUAUCACCCCAGAGUAGCACAUCUGCCCUCAACCAAGCCACCCACCUAGCCAGGCCAGUAUAAUGGGGCACACACACACACACACACACACACACACACACACACACACACACACACACACACACACA